UUUACUUAGCGUUAGAUCAUUGUUGCUUGUUUUGUUUUUUUAAUAAACGGGUCGGCCCAUUGUAAAGUUUCAUUAUAAAAAAAAUGUAGAACUACGACGACGUCGAAGAUGGUAUCAAGAUCAACCAACCAUAAGUUUCGAGUAUUUAAACUCGACCAGAAUCAAUUCAAUCCGAAAUUCGUGGUUCCAGUAAAUCCUAGGGAUCUUAUAUUCUAUUGUUUUUUACGAACGUUUCGCCAUUCCUGUUUCUAUUAUAAACAUUUUAACGUGUAUAUUUUUUUGUUGUUGGAUUAAUUUGUCAAAGUGCUUGACCAUCAUCAUUAUCAUUAUUAUAAAAUAAUCAUCAAAAACUUUUCACAACUAAUGUUUUUGUUUGAAACAAAAAUAUAAAACAAAAAAUAAAUACAUUUAGAAUUUUCAUUCAAUAACUGAGAUCAAAUUCCAGAAAAUAUGCCAACAGAGAUGAAUCAAUAUUCUGUCGAUAUCAAUAACAACAUCAACGACGACAAUAAUACAAAUAAAAAUCAUUCAAUUUUAUCGCCGUCAAAAAAAUCGCUAUCAUCAAUGAUGAAUUCGAAAUAUCGGUAUUCGAAUUCUUCAUUAUUAUUCACAUCUCAUUAUUUUCUACUAUGGUUUGCUGUUUUUGUUUUUUUCGAUUUACGAUUCUGGACAAUCAAUCAGAAUUCGGCAUCAGUCGAAGCUACAAUUGUUUGUCCGAAAUUAAAUCCGGUUCGAAAGACACCGCGUUUCGGUAAACGAAGUGCUGAUUACAACAAAAUGUAUCCAUUCGAAUGCCUUGAAUUCAAAAUACGUUUAUUCAAUGAAAACCUUCCGCUGGACAAGAUUGUUCAUUCAUCGGAAAUUUCAAAAACGGAUUAUGAACUAAGUGAUUCAUUAACGCAUACAAAACGAUCAUUAGUUGCAUCUUCAUCUGCAACGCCUCCAAUACUUGAAGGAAACAACAUAUUGGGCGUUAUUUAUAGUCAACCAAAUCAAUUUGAAAAAUAUUUAAUUUCCAUGUUGAACAAACGAACAACAGAUUCUACAACAACAUCAUCACCAUCAGUUGAAGGUGGUACAACAGUGUCCAUAAAAUCAAUGAUAAAAAAAUCCUCACACGAAUCUGGAAUUAAAGAUUCGAAUGAAUUAUCGAAUAAAAAUGCAGAACUAUUACGACGACGAGAGAUUUUAUCCCGAUUAUUUGCUUCUUACAUUGAAAAAUUGAAAGAACAAAAUCAACAACUACAGCAACAACAACAACCACAAAAGCAGCAGUAAAAGUAAUGCGAUAUAUCUUUAAAUAUGGAAAAAUGAUGUUUUGAGAAGCAUUCUUAUCUUGUUUCAAGAUGUC